AUGUCGAGUAUGCAGGUUCUUACACUUCGCAACAAUGUCGACCGGGCUUUAGGUUGUUGGCGCCAUAUCCCGCAUCAGGAUCGUCAAGGAAGUUACUUGUCAAUUUAUGACCUGUCUGCCCUACCAUUUCAGCCUUAUGUAGUUUACAUGGGAGCACACAACCAUGGAGAAUAUGACACAAUGGACAAUGUUGGCAUAGAUAGGGUUAAGAAUUCUCAUCGUCAAUUUCUCUCGUCUUUUCUCUCUAGUAAAGAGAGUGUUGACGAUGGUAUUAUUAACUCGUACACAAAACAUAUCAAUGGCUUCACAGCCUUACUUGACGAAAACCAAGCAGCAAAAAUUGCAAAAUAUCCAAAUGUUAUAUCUGUUUUCUUAAACAAAGCGAGACCUUUGGACACUACUCAUUCAUGGGAUUUCAUGCAUCUUGAGAAAGUGGACAAUGGAAUUCAAGUCCCUCUUGAUCCCAAUUCUCUAUGGCCUAAGGCAAAAUAUGGAGAAGAUGUCAUCAUUGCAAAUUUAGACACGGGAAUUUGGCCCGAGUCAAGUAGUUUCUCGGACUAUGGUUAUGGUCCUAUUCCGUCACGUUGGAAGGGAUUUUGUCAAAAUAAUACUGGAGUCUUCGGAGUUCCAUGUAACAAGAAACUCAUUGGAGCGAGGUACUUCAACAAAGCUUACAAAUCAAGUACUGGAUAUAGUUUGCGCCCAUUGAUGGUCACCGCCCGCGAUUUUCAUGGCCAUGGUUCCCACACACUCUCAACCGCAGGGGGCAACUUUGUCCACAAUGCAAGUAUCGCGGGAGUGGGUAAUGGCACCGCGAAAGGCGGCUCCCCAAGGGCUCGAGUGGCUUCCUAUAAGGUGUGUUGGCCUGCAAUGACAAAAGAAUAUGACCUCAUUUGCAACGAUGGAGACAUCAUGGAGGCAAUGGAUGCAGCCAUACACGACGGCGUAGAUGUCAUCUCCAUCUCGGGCGGUAAUGGAGAUGAGAUCGAUCACAUGAAAAAUGCUAUUAGUAUCGGCGGUUUUCACGCUGUGAUGAAAGGGAUAGUCGUGGUUGUAACUGCAGGUAACACAGGAUCCGAGGGUAGUUGGACCGUUAAGAACCUUUCUCCGUGGCUAUUUACGGUCGCAGCCAGCACUACUGAUCGCCAAUUCAGAACUAUAAUCAAACUCGGCAAUGGACAAACAUUCGUGGGAGCAAGCUUGACCAAGUCUUUACCGAAAGAGAAAAUGUACCCGAUUAUUUUAGCUGCAGAAGCCGCCGCCAAAGGUGUUUCAACUUCGUACGCUUUGUUGUGUAAGGAUGGGAGUUUAAACCCGAAGAAGGUGAAGGGUAAACUGUUGGUCUGCCCCAAUGAUAAGAAUUCAUUAGAGAAAAGCUUGGUGGCCGCUAAAGCUGGAGCCGUUGGUAUGAUACUUUGUAAUGAUGAAUCCAGUGGGAAUGACAUUAUAGAGGAGGACCCUUAUUUUCUACCCACUUCAAAUGUUAACUACACUGAUGGCCUUGCCAUUUUUGAAUAUAUCAAGUCCAACAAAUGCCUCGGUUUGGUUAUCUUAAACAGAAAACCUACCGGAUAUAUAUCAGCAACAAAGGAAAUAUUUGACGUGAAACCUUCUCCAUUCAUGGCUUAUUUCUCCUCCAAGGGUCCCAACAGAUUAACACCCGGAAUUCUCAAGCCUGACAUAACAGCCCCGGGAGUGGGCAUCAUAGCAGCCAAUACCGGAUGGAAGAGUCGGACUGAUUACAUCAUGAAAUCCGGUACUUCCAUGGCGUGUCCUCAUGUUGCUGGAGUAGUCGGACUUCUUAAGAAGCUUCAUCCUGAUUGGAGCCCGGCUGCCAUUAAAUCCGCUCUUAUGACAACCGCUUGGACAAAAGACAAUACGGGCAAUUACAUGCUCGUAGGAGACAUCAAAAAAAGAUGGGCAACGCCUUUCAACUACGGAGCUGGGCACAUACGUCCAAACCUUGCCAAUGAUCCUGGCUUGGUUUACGACUUGAGUUUCGUUGACCACUUGAACUUUCUUUGCGCGCAUGGAUACAGCGAAGCCCUAGUUCGUCAAUCAUCCGGAAUUUCUGAUCACAUAUGUAAUAAGACUGCAACCAUUCUCGAUUAUAACUACCCUUCAAUUACCAUUCCCGACUUGUCCAAUCCGGUCAUUGUAACACGAACUCUAAAGAAUGUCGGUCAACCGGGAACCUAUGUGGCCCGUGUUCGUGUACCGAAUGGAAUAUCGGUGACGAUGAAUCCACCCACUCUUAAUUUCUCAAGGAUUGGAGAAGAGAAAAAGUUUACGAUGAAGGUUGAGAAAAAUGAGGGAAUUAAGAUAUCCAAGGAGUUUGUGCAUGGAGAUCUUUUGUGGUGGGACAAAUAUGGUCACAAGGUGAGGAGUCCAAUUGUCUUUGGAUUUGGCCUUAAACCCCCCAUUACUUUGAGAUGA